AUGAGGGUUGUGAGGGGUUUCUUCGUCGCGAAGCUAACUUUCAAAGAGAUGUGCAUUGUUUUGGAAGAGCAAACAGGUUGGAGAGAAGUUAGCGAUUUCUUCGCCUGGAUGAAACGGCAGUUGAGCUACCGUCUUGUUCCUCGUUUGUAUGGACCAAGCGGGAAGAUAAAGCUGGCCGAGAAAACCUGCUUGGAAAUACUCGAAGUGGGAUGUGAACCAGAUGCAGUAGCCUGUGGUAAAAUGUUGUGCACGUAUGCCAGAUGGGAAGUCAUAAUGCCUUGUUGA